AUGGACUUGUUCAAAUACGGCCCUCUUGACCUGGACGGGCCAGCUUUUCGCCUUGUCCGUCUCUGCCAUGGAGAGGGGCCAGAUAUCGAAUGUGAGCUCUUCCAGGCGUGGCUCUAUCCAGAGCAAAGUCUUAUUUCGUACGAAGCCCUUUCCUAUACGUGGGGCUCCAUCGAAACGGUGGAGAGCAUACGAAUGAACGGACAAAGGCAUGGUAUUACGCUCAACCUAUACAUUGCGCUUCAGCAUCUUCGUUUCCGAGCUCGGGAUCGAAUCCUGUGGGUAGAUAGUAUUUGCAUCGACCAAGUCAACGAUAAGGAGCGGGGACACCAAGUUCGACACAUGGGGGACAUAUACAAACGGGCCGAAAGAGUCAUAUUCUGGCUAGGUCAGCCCACAUACGAGACGAACUUGGUUCUAGAUUCACUUCGGCAGCUACAGAAGGAAAGCACCAAGCAUGCAUGCAAGACUUGGGAAUUGUCAGACCCACGUUGGGUAGACCUCUGGUCCGUCGUACAACCUCGUCUGGAGGAAGAAUAUCGAGAAAUCUUCUGGGAACAGCGUCAGGGUCUGGAGGAGCUUCUCAGCAGACCUUGGUUUAGAAGGGUUUGGAUCCUUCAAGAAGUUGCCAAUGCAAGAGCUGGCUUAGUUUGCUGUGGACAAAUGUCCGUCUCGGCGAGCAUCUUUUCUCUCGCUCCGCUGUUAAUCGACAUGACCCCAAAUGCACACUGCCGUGCGGUCCUGGAUAUAAUGCCUGGACCGUCACGGAGUGGGACAUGGUGGAACAUGAACCGAGAUCUUUAUACCCUUCUACGGAAAUUCCGUGCAAGUGAAUCAAGCCUUCCCCGCGAUAUGGUAUUUGCCUUGCUUGGGAUAUCUUCCGAUGCACAGGAUACAGACCGUUUAAGACCCGAUUAUGACAGUAAUGAAGCUUCUGUUAUUCGUGAUGUUGUUUGUUUUCUCUUUGAUGACCAUAUAUAUCGCACUCAGCAAUCAUAUUUUCACACACUGCAAGACUUGAUCAGAAACUUGGAGCUAUUGAACACAUUGUUCCUACAGCACUACAUGGAAUCGCCAAACCUAAUGGACUUGGAGAAUAUUCUAGAACGGCGCGGCUUUGGGACUACAGAGGCUGAUAUUUCAGCUGCUGCACACGCAAGCAGACACGCCAUGAGCAAAUUUCUUGAAGACAAUGCUAGAAGGUAUGGGGAGGUGGACAAUGUUACAAUUGGGGUAUGGGACCAUCUGAAGAGCUUAGAGACCAUUCUUCAGCGCCGGGGCUACAAGACGGAGAUCAUGACGGAAACACUUCUAGAAAUAAUUAAAAACACAUACGGUGGACCAGAUACGGUGGAUUUCUUACUUCAGGGACGAGUCAAGGCGAUCAAGAUCACAGAGGCGGUAAUUAUUAAAGCCAUAUCAUGUCUAAGGCAGAGUUCGGAGCUUGAGGAGUUUCUUGUCGAGCAAUAUACUAACAAAAUAACUAUAAGAGAGGCGAUGCUCAAAGCAAUGGUCUCACAUCCAUCACGUGCAUUAGAACUUAUACAGCUUCUUGUGCGGCUACCCGACUACAAGAUACACAUCACAGAAGAUAUACUCAUCGCUGCAGUAUCAAGCCCAAGCUAUGGACUAAACCUCUUUAAUUUUCUUUUUCAACAACGCUACGAGAUCAAGAUUACGGGAGUACUUAGCGCUGCAGCAUUGAGCCUACACUGUGGACUACAGCUCAUGAAGCAUUUUUUCCUACGACGUGACAACAAAAUCAAGAUUACAAAAAGACUGCUCAACGCCGGAGUAUCAAAUAUACGCUAUGGAAUAAAGCUUAUACGGCUUCUUCUCCAGCCUCAGGGCGAUAGGAUACAGGUUAAAAAGAAAGUGCUCAAAUCAAUGAAAUCAAGCAUGAACUGUGGGCUAGCGAUCGUGCUGCUGGUUAAAGUGCUGCGACGCAACAAAGUGAGAAUCACGGACGUAGUGCUCAGGGAUGCAGAGUUGAAGAUACUCAUAGGAAAGCCAAGAUUUGAUAAGCUAAUGAGGUUUCUUGAACUAUAUGGCACCAAGGAUUAG